UUAAUGUCAAAGCCACCCUUAUCUAAAGAAGAAUAUUUGAAGAAAUACUUAAGUCACCCAAAAGGCAAAAAACGGAAAGGUGAUGGAACCGUCCACUACAUCAGCGGGGAGAUGCCGGACUCCUUGGACGCCUUUGAUGAGAAGACGAAACUCGAACUAAACAUGUUCGCGCGAGAUGAUGACCUGGGAUUAGUAGCAACGCAGAUUAGAAAGCGCACAAAGGGCAUAUUGUCCGAAGAAGCGAUCAAUAUGCAGGCCGAAAAGGCCCGCAAAAAGGCCGAGUUGGAGGCGAAGUAUGCUCUUUGGAACAGAGGGAUAGACUCCGUGAAGGAACGAGAUGCGGAACUCCAGGAAGCUCGGUACGAAGCCUCGAAGCCACUGGCUCGCUACGCUGAUGAUAAAGAUCUCAACGACCUUAAAAAGGAGGUCAUACACUCGGAGGAUCCAAUGUUGGCCUAUUUCGAGGAAAAACGUAAAAAGGAAAAAAAGAAGAAAAAGAAAAAAAAGCACCGAGAAAGUGGUAAGGUUCAAACCAAGCGCAAAACCAGUAUAGUUUUCCAUGAGGAAGAGGAAGAAGAGGAGGAACGGCCGCGCUACAAGGGACCUCCUGAGCCUCCUCCUAAUCGCUACGGUAUUUGGCCCGGUUACCGUUGGGAUGGAGUUGAUCGCAGCAACGGUUUUGAAAAGAAACUCGUCGAUGACAUCACCCGAAGAAAGGUUGAGCGCGAAAUUGCGUACAAGUGGGCUUCUGAGGACAUGUGA